AUGACUGAAAAGCAACCACUCCUGAACCCAACAUCGAAAUUAUCCAGCAAUGACAAUUCUGUUGAAGAUUCGGGCAAUGAAAAUAAUGAUCAAAUCCUUUCGAGCAAGUUUAAUUGGCGUCAACGCUCCGCUAGUCAAAUCGAUCGACAAAAAUAUAAAAACUUAGCUGAUAACCAGGAUGAUUGUUACGCAAACAGCUUCAACAAAAAAACGUCCGUGACGCUAACUAAACUAGUAAGUACCACGAAACAAAAAUAUAUAAGACAUAUGUGAUCUUUAGCAGUUUGACUGAAGUGAAAAAGCAUCGUAGUCGCAUCGACCUUUCAAUUGUCCCUGAAUUGAAACAAGUUUUUGAAUGUUAUCCAAGAAGUCAAGAUUUCAGGAGGGCGCGCAUAAAUGCAUAACGACAGUUUAUAGUGUUUACUUGUGUGAAAAAGAAAGUGAACAUGUAGGCAGAACGAAACUCUUUGCGAUUGUGAACAUAAGUGAAUUUUUCUUGAAUAUGAUAACCAAGCGUGUAUGAUAGCAGAAACUACUGGUUUAUGUCUUUUUAUUGCUCACUUCUCCACACAAGUAGAUGAGCAUGUAGAAAUGUAAUAUAUCCUGCGUUGAACAUUACAGUUAUGAAUGCUGAGAAUUCUACCAUAGAUAAUGACCGUGUUCGCGGUUAAUAAUCAACCCUUUAAACUUAUUAACUUUCAUAUAAUAUUCCUCGUAUUUUUCUUGAAAACCUUACAGAGUGAAUGGUAAGAAAGUAAAAAUUGUGUCUGUUUUUCGUAAAUCAAGUUCGUAUUUAUAAACUUUAUAUGGACAAAAUCAUUUUCAUAGCGGCGUGAUACCGCAAAGCUUUCGGUACAAAUGUCUCUACAAAGCGAAGUCUCCAAAAACUGAUUUUUGUACAUACGUAUGCUAACGUUAACUCUAGAUCACUUCCCCACACAGACUCAUUUUUGGUGUUACAAACCUCUCAUAUUCAUUUACGCGUUUGUCACCAGUUUAUAAAGUUUAGUUUAUUCGUAUGACUGCUGAGAAAUGUAAGGAUACACUAUAAGAUAAGUAAUGUAAUUCUGAUGUGUAUCAGGCAAUAAUUGUGAUUGUAGUGGGGUCGAAUUCAUAUCUGUACAUGGAGAUAUGGUCGAAUUGUUUGUGCAUCUGUUAGGAUGAAAUUUCUGGAUUGUAAAAUGUGCAUGGCUAUGAGCGAAAGUAUUUAUUUAAGAAAUGAUGAAACUAUGAAAUGUUUAGUGAGGAUAUUGUUGUUUGCUGUGGCGAUAAUUUCUUAUGAACAGCUCAAGGGGAUGACAAAGAUACUCCAAAUACUCUAAUGCUUCAAAAAUCAUUUCGUAGUACGAUAGAGUUUUGCCAGAGUACCGUGAAGGAUCGUGGAAUAUAAUGAAGUGCAUAUAGAGUACUCUUGGAGUAUCAUCCGUGUAUUGUUGGAGUACUGUGGAGCAUCACUGAAGUAUUGACGUAUUGGAGUAUCGCUGUUUUCCUCUUGCUUUCAAUCAUCUAUAAUUUGUCAAAUAUAAUAUGUUUUUCUUUCUCGUUCUAUGCAGGAAAGAAGACAGAUACUUGUAUAGAUCACAAGGCUGUUAUUUAUUUCUUUAUUCUUUUCUGUCGAAAACAAAACCGCCGAAAAAUAAACAUCUCGAG